AUGACCGACUGCCAUGAGGCGCAGCGCGAACGCGCUUACAAGGCAGUAGCUUUCGCGGCCGUGUCGUUCUCACUCUUGGCCGUUCUCUCUGUGUGCGUUUCUCUGCCGGUCGUCUACAACUUCGUUGACCACAUCCAGCAGCAAACUCAACGAGAUCUCGCUUUCUGCAAGACGACUGCUAAGGACAUCAUGGGAGAGGUGUCAACCCGACGACCUGCCGCUCCAUUUGCCUCAAUUGCCGCUAAUGCCACCGCCCAGAGGGCAAAGAGGGAUGCUGGAGGAUGCGCUGGAUGCUGCAAGCCUGGACACCCUGGACGACCCGGAGCUCCUGGAUCCAACGGAAAGCCCGGAGUACCUGGAGCCCCAGGAAAGCCCGGAGUUCCUGGAAGACCACCAGUUGUUUGUGAGGAGGUUGUUGUGCCACCGUGCAACCCAUGCCCACCUGGACCCCCUGGACCACCCGGACCCAACGGACCACCCGGAAACCCCGGACGCCCUGGAAGCCCCGGACGCCCAGGAAACAACGGAGCCCCAGGAGCCCCAGGACCCAACGGAGGACCCGGAAACUCUGGAAACCCAGGAAGCGAUGGAGAGAGCGGAGAGCCUGGAAGACCCGCCCCAAGCACCCCAUCGUACCCUGGAGAGCCCGGAACACCCGGAGAGCCAGGAGCCCCUGGACUCCCUGGAGCCGACGGACACCCCGGCCGCGACGGAGCUCCCGGCAACAGCGGACCAGCUGGAUCACCCGGUGGCCCAGGACCCCAAGGACCACAGGGAGGACCUGGAAACUCUGGAAGCCCCGGACAGCCCGGACCACAAGGAGAGCGUGGAGUGUGUCCCAAAUACUGCGCCCUCGACGGAGGAGUCUUCUUCGAGGACGGAACCCGGCGA